UUUUGGCCUUCGGCGAUUGACCAUUUGAAGAUACGAUAGGAGAGGUCUGAGUGUCGCACCUUCGGCAUAAAACAUAACUGCAGUUGGUGGAGGAAUUCACUUAAAGAUGUUCGCGAAGUAUAUAUUGAUCAGCUCUUUAUUUACUAUUGUGCUAGAAUGCUCAAUGUCAACGGACGUUUUUACGUCCACAGCCGAUAUGGAAUCUUUAGCUCUCACGGAGAGAGGCCUAACAUUCGCUUUGCACAAAUAUCUAGAGACAGAACAAAACCGACUAACAGCUUUGAAGCAGUUCCUAAGUCGUGCUCAAACAUCCAUACAGCAGGUUAACAAGACCAGUGCGGGAGAGUUUGUCGGCAACCCUAUAAAUUCAUAUCUGCUACUGAAGAGGUUCUGGGUCGACUGGAAAAAUAUGGAAGAGCUGGUGACGAAAGAUUUCUCUGAAGAUGUGAUGUCAACAAUAGAAAAUGCAAGGCCAUUUUUCCCAUCAUUUGAUGAUUACAAAGGAGCAAUGACUGCCAUUAUCAGGCUUCAAGACACCUACCAUCUCAGAGCUGAUAGCCUUGCCGAGGGGGUUUUGCCAGGAAUCAGGAGGUCAGCAAGUCUGUCAAUCAAUGACAUGUUUGAGCUUGGUCGACAUGCCUAUGAACUUAAAGAUUGGUUUCACACCAAAGGAUGGAUGGAGGCUUGCCUGAAGAAAAUGGGGAAUAUGAAUAUCAAGGAUGGCAUUAGAAGAUUUGAUGUUUUGGAUCAUAUAGCUUUUUCUGAGUAUAAUAGGGGGAACAUCAGAAGGGCACUAGCAGCAACCCAAGAGAUGCUGAAAAUAGAACCUGGUGAUACAAGAGUGCUUGGAAACAUGUUGUACUACAAAGAGAGUCUGCAGUAUAUGAAAGCAACAGGCCAAAGGGGAGAUACUGGUAGCCUAGAUGAAUCUGUGAAGAAAGUUGUCAAGCGAAGUGCCAGUAAACAAGAUGAAUGGAAGGAGAGAAAAAGCACCAUGGAUUAUGAACGACUCUGCAGAGGUGAAACAAGAAAAUUGACUUUGAAGGAAAAGCAGAAGCUUGUAUGCUGGUAUCAAGCAAAUGCCCCAAGGACAAAACUGAAGCCACUGCGAGUUGAAAGGGUAUGGGUGUCUCCAGAAAUCUUCUUGUUUAGAGGCAUCUUGAGUGAAUCAGAGAUUCAAAAAAUAAAGGAGCUGGCAACCCCUAGGCUAAAUCGUGCUACAAUCCAAGACCCAAAUACUGGCGAACUGAAAGUUGCAGAUUACCGAAUCAGCAAAAGUGCGUGGUUGAAGUACGACAGCCACCCAAUAUUGACGGGGAUCAAGCGAAGGACCGAAGAUGCAUCUGGCCUCACACUGGACACCGCUGAAGAGCUGCAGGUGGCCAACUAUGGAAUAGGUGGGCACUACGAGCCUCACUUUGAUUUCGCAAGGGAAGAUGAAGACAAAUUUACGGACCUUGGAACCGGGAACAGGAUUGCCACGAUGCUUUUCUAUAUUUCAAAUGUAGAGGCUGGCGGUGCAACUGUCUUCACAUAUGCAGAGGCAGCCAUCAAGCCAAGCAAGGGCGACGGUGCAUUCUGGUUCAACCUCAAGAAAAGUGGGGAAGGCGAUUAUUCGACCAGGCACGCUGCCUGUCCUGUGUUAGCUGGAACUAAAUGGGUCUCAAACAUUUGGAUACACGAACUUGGGCAAGAAUUCCGACGGCUUUGUGGUUUGACUCGUGGCGAAUUGUAACAGUGAUUGAAAGCAUGUAGCCAUAGAAUUGCGUCAAAAUAUGCGCCAGCGUUUCCGUUAAACUGACGUUGAUAGAAUUUAUAAUUUGUUAAUACAAUAUCAGCUUGAAAAUGCAUGACAUUGUCCGGGAUUGUAUGAAAACUUAGUUUAAACAAGGUUUUGCCAUAUCACGGAACACCAGAUUUGGGCAGUUCAUCGUUCCCUUGAGCAACUGUAUGAUCACAUACUGAUAACAGGAGUUUGCGUGCUGCCGGUUUUAAGAGAGCUAACGUUGGCAAUUGACCUAAUGUCAGUCUCCGAUGGGCACCCAUUCAUGUAGAUAUUAGCAUAAUAAAAGUAAAGGCUUUACAACUAUUGAUCUCAUUGUAAUGAAGUAUUAAUAAGAAUUUUUCAGAGUUCCCUAACAGAAAAUAAUCUCAGUUGUUUACAGGUGGCCAUUUCAGUAUAUUACGUGCAACUUGAUUGGUUGAGAGAACAGACAAUAUAUUUCGUCAAAAUCAGGUUCUUUCUCUGACUAGUUCACUAUUUUAGUUAAUAUCAUAUUGCACUUAAUUUCAACCAGUUAUGUUGUUUGAAGAUUCUGUUAGACAUCUUCAGGUUAAAUUUCCUGUAACAUAAUUUACAAAAUUCUCUAUAACAAACUUCGUUAUCCUUCGUUAUGCAUAUGUUUAUGGUUUUAAAUAAAGUGAAGGCCAUGCUCUCUUUAGUUAGAAUAUGCGCGAAACCACUUAAUAAUGUCGCGAUAGUCGUUACUUAUAAUUGUUCUAUUUUUGUACGCAAAUUAGAGAAAAUGUUAAAUUUUGAUAAACAAAAUGUUGAUUACUGUGAUUAAGGUAUUUUUUCAAUUUUUUGCUACUAGUCUAUAUGUUUUUACUUGCGUUUAUUUUUGUUGUUGUUUCUUGAUUGUUGAAUAAUGUAUCCAGGGUAGGUGUUAUUUAUAUUGUUUUUGUAAAUGAAUAUACGAAUUAUAUAACUUUUUUAAUUGAAA